UGUGUGUGUGUGUGUGUGUGUGUGUGUGUGUGUGUGUGUGUGUGUGUGUGUGAUGCUUCGUUAGAACCCUCUCCUCCCUCCCUUCGGCUCUAGCUCUCCUUGAUUGCAGCAGGAAAAUGAAGCAACACAGAAACAUUUGCAGUUCAUUGGUGAUUCGAGCAGCAGGUUCAGGGCGCUGCAUGAGAGGCGAACCUCUGAGUUCCGCCGCCAUUGGAUGUUGGGAAGCUGGGAUGCGCUUUCUGAGCAGACUGUCGCCUGGCUGUGUGGACGCCCUCUGAAAAUGGUGGAUGAUAACAAUCCCGGCGCAGGCAGGCAGCUUCUGCUCCAUGGCGAUGAGUGACGGAAGGAAAAAUUGGGCUUUUUCUUCUGACACCGGACGCUUCUGAGAUGAGGGAUAAAAAGAGGAGGAAGAAGAAAUUGCCGUUUGAUUUUUAGGUUCGGAUUACAGCACAUCGAGAUGGAUUCUAUUGAGGAGAAAGUUUCUGUUAUUAUUUUUGAUUUCCAUUCAAACCCUUUCGGUGGGGGCGAGCAGGAGCGAUGAUGUGAUGCGGGAGAUGCGCCACAUUCAUGGCGAACACAACAGAGUUCGGGGAGAGCAGCAGCGCGUCCUUCCACAGCUAUGCAUCCACGGCCUCUGCGGUCAAGCUGGCCUCUCUAGGGCUCAUCAUGGGCGCCAGUCUGCUGGGCAACGCGUCACUGUCGCUGCUGCUGCUGAAGGACAGUUCGCUGCACAAGGCUCCUUACUACUUCUUGCUGGACCUGUGCCUGGCCGACGUGCUGCGCUCGGCCGUCUGCUUCCCCUUUGUGAUGGCGUCUAUCGGAGCCGGUUCCGACUGGCCAUAUGGCGCGCUUAGCUGCAAAAUUGUCGCCUUCCUGUCGGUACUCUUCUGCUUCCACGUCGCCUUUCUGCUCUUCUGCGUCAGCGUCACCCGCUAUAUGGCGAUCGCUCAUCACCGCUUCUACUCCAAACGCAUGAACCUGUGCACGUGCGUGGCGGUCAUCUGCAUGGUGUGGACCCUCUCCGUGGCCAUGGCCUUCCCGCCAGUGUUCGAUGUGGGCACCUACAAGUUCGUACCCGAGGAGGAGCAGUGCACGUUCGAGCACCGCUACGUCAAGUCCAACGACACGCUGGGCUUCAUGCUGAUGCUCGUGAUCAUCGUGGGCACCACACACGUGGUUUACGUGAAGAUGCUGUGCUUCGUUUACGACCACCGCAAGAUGAAGCCAGCCCAACUGGUGCCGGCCAUCAGCCAGAACUGGACCUUCCAUGGGCCCGGAGCCACCGGGCAAGCCGCCGCCAAUUGGAUCGCAGGCUUCGGGCGCGGGCCGACGCCGCCCACGCUGGUGGGCAUCCGACAGGCGUCGCACCCUGGCAAUAGGAGGCUGCUGGUGCUGGACGAGUUUAAGACGGAAAAGCGCAUCGGGAAGAUGUACUUCCUGAUCACGCUGGCCUUCCUCGUUCUGUGGGCGCCUUACAUUAGCGCAUGCUACCUGAGGAUAUUCGUGCGCGGGGCUCCCAUCCCGGAGCUCCACCUGACAGCCGCGGUGUGGAUGAGUUUCGCCCAGGCGGGGGCCAACCCCAUCAUCAGCUUCAUGUCCAAUAAGGAGCUCCGGAUUAGACUCAGGGCCUGCUUUUCCUGCUGCCUGGGAACACAGACACCUAUGGAGCCAUACUGUAUCAUAUGACCCCCGAGGCCUCGCUCCCCAAACAUACAGCCAAAGACUGGCAUAUAUGCACUGUAAAAACUGCACAUUCAAAAUGAACCGGAUGUGUGUAAGUUUGCUCAAACAGGGACUUUGUUUGGGUUAUUUGACCAGCUUUAAUAAAAACAAACUGGUAAGAUUAAAAUAAUAAAAGUUUUCUGUAUAAAUUUUAUUUGGGAAUAUUUUAAACUAAAGUCUAUAAGUUUCAUAUGUAAAAUGCAAAUACAUUUAAUUCUACAAGUUUUGAAUAUGUUUAAAAGUUCACUCAGAUAAAUAAGGUUCAUGUUGCUAAGCUGUCUUUUUACUCCCAAGUUAAAAAGGAACAGUUUGUAAUUAUGACAUCAUGUUAUUAAUAUGGAAUAGCUACAUAAAGUUGUCUGUUUGACAACUUUAUGGGAAAACCACAAUUAUUUGUUAAUGUUUACAAAAUUCACUUGAAAGAAUCUUAUCAGUGUAGAAAAGUCCAAUCCAGGUUUUGAGACUUUUGUCAAAAUAGUGGAUUCUAACUGUAAAAAAAAAGUUUGAAAAUGUUUUGUUUUGUUUUUUCACCAAUAUUAAAUUUUUACAAAUGUCCAACUGGUCAGGUUCAGGUUUCACCACUCUACAUAUUUUGGGGCUUUAUCUCACCCAUAUUUUCUUAAGUUUUGUCCAAAUCAGUUGAGUUUCUUCGUUUGUAACUUUCUCCUUUUGUUCAGUAUCUCCGGGUACUCAACACAGUCAGAUUACUGGUCAGUUGUGUCUGUGGCAGAAGUAUAAAAUAUAAAUACAGGAAGCAUAUUCUGUGUGCUGAGCUUAUAGAAAAUACAGAUAAGUUAAUCAUGUCAGUAGUGUUUUUCUGGGUAUUUCAGGGGCAGAGGCCCAAGGCCCCGACUUUGGGGGGCAGCCCAAAGAUUUUUUUUAUUUUUCUUUUUUUUAAAUAUAUGCUAUUCAAACAUUCCACUUCAUAUAAAACUCACAAGCUGUUACCAGGGGAGUUGUACUAAUAUUUUGGGAGUUUUAUGAAUAUAAACAAUAUUUAAGUAUUUGAAAAGGUGAUUUAGUAGAUUUCGUUGGAAACAGCAUGAAAGGAUUGACAGGGGAUGUAAUACAUCUAUCAUGUAUCAAUUCAAAUCUGCUUAUUUGUAGGACUAUGUAUUAAUGUUCUAUAAUUUGCAUUGUGAAACAAUUUUUCUGUUGCAAAUAGAGCAACAAAACUGGCUCCAGCCCAGGGCCCACAUCCCUGUAAAUCUAGCCCCGUCUACAAAAUAAUUUUGAGAAGACAUCUUGAAAAUUACAUAGAGUUCUAUGCUUUACGAAAAAAAAUGUUUGGCCAAUUUUUAUUACCUUCACACUUCACACACAGUGUGCAGCUUCAACCUGGCUACUGGAAGCUGUUUGACUCAAAUUUGCAGUGUACACCUGGUAUCCAUGUUGGAUUGAGCUUGGAUGACAUCCAGACCAUAAAUGAACCGUUCUGGAGUUCAUUUGAAACAGUACGGAGAAAACAGUCCUGAUCCGGUCCUGGUACAAUGUGUUCACAUCAACUCAGACAACCUCCACAGGGUGGAAAGAACCAUAGUUUAACUUAAAUGAAGUUCAUCUUAAGUGGUAUGAAAACACCCUUGAAUUUAGAAUCACAAGCACACAAAUUAAGGUCAGGUUCAUUGAAAACCUUUUACUUUUAGCACUAAUAGACAGCUCUGAAGGAGAUGCUAAUUUUUACAUUAUAAAUUAUUGUUUGCCAGACUAGGUAUUCUCACAGUUUUUACAAAUCAAUUUCAUUUUGUUAUUUAUUUUGUCACGAUAACAAAAUCUGAUUGUUUAAGCGCUGUGGCUUGAAAUUCGUUUACAUCCAAAAUGGAAGUGGUAAGAGGUAUAAUAUGAAUGAUAGUCACAACAUGUAGAUAAUAGUUAUAAAAUGAAGCAAAUUGCCCCACAGUCUAUGGAUAACAAAAUUAAUAAACAAAACCAAGAAUAUGACACAAACUGACCAAAAGUACAAAGCCCCAUAGGGGCUUUUUCUUUUGCAUUACCUUUCAAAACUGUACUGAUCAGAUAGACAGCAUAAUUGAAUACUGUAAGCCUUUCUUACAGUGGCCGCCAUACUUUCUGCUUUAAUACAAGGUUAUGUAAGGCUUUUCCAUCAAUGUUAAUAUCUCUGUGAAAUAUCUGAAGUUUGACAUUUUUUCCUGUAGGACAGAAAGGCACCAAAAACCCAUGAUAUAAACAGAAACGUUCCGUAAGUAGGAAAUAAAUCCUAAUUUGGAUUAUUUCUGAGCUAUUAUAGCGGGAUAAUAAAUCAUCUGACAGAUUUAAUUGUGUCUCUGUUGUGUUUGUAGUCUGAAUGGUUUAAAAGGCAGUUUUCAUGUGAAGCUCAGGGUUAAAGUCAGGGAAUCUCAUCUGUUUGUGUAUCAAUCAACACCAAACCAUUUCUUUGUUGUGUAACAAUUAUCAAUUUAUUCCAUUUUGAUUAUCAUGCUCUAAACUUUGCAAGGAGUGACCUCCCCUCACCGCUUCCUCACACAUACAAAGCCAGCAGGAUAGUGAUCUUCACAUUCAUACUUCAGGAGGUCACACCCACAUCGACACACACCACCCAUGUCAAAGCUGUGUGCUGCUGUCAUAUCAAUAAUCACUUAUUUCAUUCAUAUGGCUCUUAUGGAGCAUCAGUGAAAAUGUGUUUAUUAUUAUUAACUCUUUGAUACAAUAAAACUCAUUGAAAAUCCAUUUAUCCACUGCAUGUUUAUGUCUGUUAAGGCUAUGAUGGAAUGACACUGAAAGCAGCUCUUUUACAGAAUUAAAAAAUUACAUUAAAAAUAUUGGUUUUCUAUACUGACUCAGUUCUCAGUCAAAGUAUGAAUCUUGUACUUAGCUAAAACUAGCUUGCAGCAACUACUUAGCAGCUAAAAGGUUAAUGUUAGCUUAAGGGAACAAACUUGAUCUGUAGUGCAAAGUAAAGUCAAUAACACACCAAUGACAUUAAUGAAAUUAAUAUCACUGAACCAUGUAACUUUACCAUCUUAACAUUUCUUAUUUCAUGCUGGAGAAGAAGCUCGGUGACAUCUCAUUAGAUCAUUCAAAAUGGUGAAGAAUGAUGCUGCUUGCUCUGCUCUCUUCACCAACACAAACAGUGGGUUUUUGGGGUGUUUGCCUGAUGUUUGAUAAAAAAAAAAAAAAAAAAAAACUACCGUACCCGAGAACCCAGUAAUUCUUGACCACAGUGAAAUAUUUUCAUUUUAUAUCUGGAGGCGUAGCUUAGCUAUUAUAGAACAUGUUUUCAGUAUGCCCUAAACACAGGAAAGGAUGGGCUGUGAAUAUGAUGGGGAAGGCAAACUCACUUUUAGUUUUGCUACAUUUUUAUUUUUGGCCAAACUCAUAUUAAUCCUAAAACGUUUAUUAUACUGUAUACUAACCCUACAUUUUAACUUUAAAAUUCAGCUUAGCAAUGACGUUAGCAACAAAGGACCUAUAUGACGCAGCAUUAUGUCGAAGGACAGCAUGAGUUAAUUUGAAUUUUCUGCAUGUAGACUAUGUGAUGUUUCAGCACAAGUGUUCCUUGGCUGGAUUUUGAUUUGCUCCACAACACAUGCCACUGUCUUUUGGUUACAUUGUGAAAUGAUUUCCCAUUACUUGAAACAAGCACUGUUAACAAGCCAGCGCCUAAGACAUGAGCCAACUUCUCAAGAACCUAGGAGAUGCUAACAGUUAUAAUUUAAUGUUUUUUUUUUCUUUUCUGUUCCUUGUGCACUUUGCAGUGUUUUUGAAAGGAGAGGAACAAGCAAUAUAAAUUUUUUCAGCGGUUAAUAUACAAUUCCACAGAGUUUUAAGAUAGUUUUAGAAACUAUCUGCUACAACUUCAGGGCAGCUCUGUGACGCCAACUUUGACAGAUUUUAUUUUAGAUUUGAAUACCCAACAUAAGCUACAGAGCUUGUUUUUUUUUUGUGAAUGAAUGCAAUGCCAAUAACUUCUGUAAAUACUAUAAAUUCCUUUUUCUAACCUUAUUUCAAGCUGUUGGUUUAAAUAUGUUGUAUAUUCCAUCAUCUCAUCUUUGUGUAGAGCAAAGUAUUCAAACUCACUUUGAAAAUACAUUGCAAACUCUUUCAUCAGUUGCGUCAAGAGACUCGCUGAUUUCCACUGGUUGCAAUUGGACACACACUCCAGUCAGUGUCCCUUUUUCCAUGGACUCUGAACAAUUUGGUGCUUUGAAAACAACUUUACAUUUUCUAGCAAAUAAAUAGAAAAGAUACAAUUCUUGGA